AUGAAGGCCACGCUAUCCAUUGCCGCUGCCCUGGUGCCAUUGGCGACCGCAGCCACUUGCGGCCUCAAAAAGUUCGAGAACCUCGUCACCUUUGGUGACAGCUACACCGACGAAGGCCGUCUCGGCUACUUCAUCGGCCACAACGGCGAGGCGCCCCCCGCUGGCGAGCUCCUCCCUACAAGCUCCAACACCGCCAGCGGCGGCUAUACUUGGCCGCAUUUCGUCUCCGAAAAGUCUGGCGCCAAGUCCUUCAACUACGCCGUCAGCGGCGCCACUUGCUCCAACUCCAUCGUCGAGAGAGAUUUCCCGCUCAUUGGCCAGCCGUUCCCGUCGGUCGCGGACUAUGAGGUCCCCGCCUUCAAGGCUGACCUGGAGUUCGACGAGCUCUACGGCAACCGGACGGCUGAUAACACCGUCUAUACUCUCUGGAUCGGCACCAACGACCUCGGCUUCGGUGCCUUCUUGAGUGACAAUAACAAGCCGGGUACUACGCUCACGAGCUUCGUUGACUGCGUCUUUGGCGUCUUCGACAGCGUGUACGAGACUGGCGGACGCAACUUUGUCCUUCUCAACAUCGUUCCUCUCGAGCAGCUUCCUCUGUACAACCUCCCCGAGCUUGGCGGUACUCUCGACAGUCAGUUCUGGCAGAACAAGACCGCCUACAACGUCCUGGAGUACAAGAACAAGAUCCACCAGUACUCCACCAGCGUCAAUACCAUGCUCAGCUACGGCGCUUCCGCGAACCUCUUGGUCGAGAACCGAUGGCCCGGCGCGAGCUUUACCAUUUUCGACGUCCAUAGCCUCCUUAACGACCUCAUUGCCAAUCCUGACGAGCUGUUCGAUGCUCCUGCGGAUGUGACCGGAUACUACCACCAUUGUGAAGCGCAGAAUAACUCUAAUUGCGUUGACUCUGAGGAGGCGAGUUCGAGCUUCCUUUGGUAUGACGAACUGCACCCCUCGGCGCGCACAGAUGAGAUCAUUGCCGAUGAGUUCCUCCAGGUCAUUGCUGGCACUUCAAAGUAUGCCACGACACACAUCUCGAAGAAAUCGAGCUCCAAGAAGUUGAGGAAAUAA